AUGAAUCCCAAGACUUUCGAGAAUUUUCUCAACGAUGGGAUGCAAGUAGAAGAGAUAGAGUUCGAGAAGAAACGCAACGCACCGAUAGGAGGUUAUCGGUCGAACUACCAGUCUGCAAACAAAAGCGUCAGUGUGAAUUUUGUACAAAGACAGGGUCCUGUGGGAAGAAAGUUCUCAGAAUUCCCCAUUCCUCUCAUGAAGGUCUUAGACAGAUUAAUGAAACAAGACCUCAUGCAACCUAGGCCACCUAGGAACCCGCCGAAUACGAAUUCGCCAAACUACAACCCUAAUGCUCAUUGUGAAUUUCAUCAAAAUCCAGGCCACCAUACUGAUUCUUACAUCACACUGAAGCAUGCCAUCCAAGACCUGAUAGACGAUGGAAGAAUCACUCACCCAUCAAUAGGACAACCUAGUACGCAGAAAAAUCUGCUGCCCAACUAUCAUGCAAUUCCCCCACCAAAGGGUGUGAAUACCAUAAACUCUGGAUUAACCUAUGAAGAGGUCAUGAAUUCCUUUGUUGAGACCGAUCCCGCCAAUAUUGAGAACCCCGUAGUAGCAGAGGCACCCCCGAUCGCUGGUCCUCUGACGGCUCUAUUUCGACAGUUGAAAUCACAAGGGUUAAUAGAUCAUCCCCCGCUGAACGGAAAGUUGUGCGAAUACCACAUGGAUUUUGGACAUUCUUCAGAGGAGUGCUUUGAAUUGAAAGAAGUUAUCAGAGCAUUGAUAGUAGAAGGAAAAAUCGACCCUUCCCUCCAAAUAAUGAAGAUCGACGAAGCCCACGGAAACCCCUCAGCGAUCAAACCAACCAGAUGGGGGCUAGAAUUCAAUUUUGAGGACCAGAUAACCACCGUUCCAGUAAAAUCAGCCGAAAUUCAGAGUACCAAGACAGUUAGGGCCAUCAAUGUUUGGUACAACUCAGAUGAAGACGAUGAUGAGGAGGACAUAGUAUUGAAGAAAGGCGCAGAAGCCAACUCAGAAUGCGUGAACAGGCUUGCCCCAAAGCAACCGGAGGAGACACGGGCUGACGAGUUACAAGAAAGCCAACCAGGAAAGACCACCUCAAAUCAGUCCAUCUGGGACUUGCUGAUACGCUCCAAAAAACACAGGAAGGCUAUGGUAUUAGCACUGGCGACAAUGACGAUCGAACCGGACGUAACCCCAGCGGUAAUGCUCAAAAUCCUGGGGGAACGCACCAACACUGAGAUGGUUGACGAUGGGUCUGUUAUCAACGUUUGUACUGCCCUGAUCCUCCCAAGGCUUGGGCUAACACCAGCAACACUGAAGCCGUCAGAAUUGGUCAUCAGGGCCUACGACGAGACCAAAAGAGGGGUGGAAGGAACUUUCAAGGCCUUGGUCAAAACAGGACCCAUCGAGGCAUGGGUAGAAUUAGUCGUGUUAGAUAUACCAGUUACAUUCUCACUGCUAUUGGGAAGACCAUGGUUUCAUGAAUUGGGAGGAGUACCCUCUACACUGCACCAGAAGAUAAAAUUCCCAUACAAAGGAGGGAUAGCCACCAUCGAAGGUGAAUCAGGAAAGUGA